AUGACAGAGCAGAAGGCAAAGGCUUCCCGGGCUCCCCACGUGGUGGCCGGCGCGCCCUCCCCCAACCAGGUCGGAUCUCCUCUGCUGGGACGCCCGGACGCUGGCCCCUUCCAGGCGAGCCAGACCUCGGACGCCUUGCCCGUAGUCUCCCUGGGUGGGCUUCCCUUCUCUAGGCCCUGCCAGGGACAGGACCUGGACGGAAAGACGCUGGAGCAGCCGGCGCUGUCAAGCGUGGAGGGGGUGUAUCCCAGAGUUGAAGCCACAGGAGGUGCAGGUAGUGGCAGGUCUAGACCCCAAGAGAAGGACAGCGGGCUCCUGGACAGUGUCUUGGACACACUACUGGUGCCCUCGGGUCCGGGGCAGAGCCACGCCAGCCCUCCCGCCUACGAGGCCACCAGCCCUUGGUGCCUGUUUGGCCCCGAGCUUCCGGAAGAACCCCAGGCUGUCCCUGCCACCCAGGCGGUGUUGCCCUCCCUCAUGAGCCGUCCGGAGAGCAAGGCUGGCGACAGCUCCGGGACGGCAGCUGCCUAUAAAGUACUGCCCAGGGGCUUGUCACCGUCCCGGCAGCUGCUGCCCUCGACCUCUGGCACCCAUCACUGGCCUGGGGCCGCAGUGAAGCCGUCUCAGCAGCCCGCUGUGGUGGAGGUGGAGGAGGAGGAUGGUUCCGAGUCCGAGGGCUCGGGAGGUCCGCUUCUGAAGGGCAAGCCCCGGCCUCUGGGAGGUACGGCGACCGAGGGGGGAGCCCCGGCCACCGCUCCUGGGGUGGCUGAAGGAAGCGUAGCCCUGGUCCCCAAGGAAGAUCCCCGCUUUUCGGCGCCCAGGGUCGCCCUGGCGGAGCAAGACACGCCAGCGGCGCCCGGGCGCUCCCCGAUGACCACCACGGUGAUGGAUUUUAUCCACCUGCCCAUCCUGCCACUCAACCCGGCCUUACUGGCCGGGCGCACCCGGCAGCUGCUGGAGGGGGAGAGCUAUGACGGCGGGGCCACGGCUCUCAGCGCCCUUGCCCAGCCGCGGGGCUCGCCCUCAGCCUCGUCCACCCCUGUCGCCGCCGGCGACUUCCCCGACUGCGCGUACCCGUCCGACGCCGAGCCCAAGGACGACGCGUUCCCGCUCUACGGUGAAUUCCAGCCGCCGGCCCUGAAGAUCAAGGAGGAGGAAGGCGCCGAGGCCUCCGCGCGCUCCCCGCGGCCGUACCUGGUGGCUGGUGCCAACCCCGCGGUCUUUCCGGAUUUUCAGCUGGCGGCGCCGCCGCCGCCGCCCCCGCUUCCCCCGCGAGCGCCGUCGUCCAGACCUGGCGAAACGGCAGCGGCCGCCGCACCCGCCGGUGCCUCCGUCCCGUGUCCCUCCCCGUCGGGGUCGGCCUUGGAGUGUAUGCUGUACAAAGCGGAGGCCACGCCGCCCCACCCGGGCUCGUUCUCGCCACAGCCUUGCAAGGCGCCAGGCGGGGGCCCCUGCCUGCUGCCGCGGGACGGCCUGCCCUCCACCUCGACCUCGGUCUGCGCCGCCGGCGUGGCCCCCGCGCUCUAUCCGCCGUUCGGCAUCAACGGGAUCCCGCAGCUCAGCUACCCGGCCGCCGUGCUCAAGGAGGGCCUGUCGCAGGUCUACCCGCCCUAUCUCAACUACCUGAGGCCAGAUUCAGAAGCCAGCCAGAGCCCACAAUAUAGCUUCGAGUCAUUACCUCAGAAGAUUUGUCUAAUCUGUGGGGAUGAAGCAUCAGGAUGUCAUUACGGUGUCCUUACCUGUGGGAGCUGUAAGGUCUUCUUUAAAAGGGCAAUGGAAGGGCAGCAUAAUUAUUUAUGUGCUGGACGAAAUGAUUGCAUCGUUGAUAAAAUCCGCAGAAAAAACUGCCCAGCGUGCCGUCUUAGAAAGUGCUGUCAAGCUGGCAUGGUCCUUGGAGGUCGAAAGUUUAAAAAGUUCAAUAAAGUCAGAGUUAUGAGAGCACUAGAUGCUGUGGCUCUCCCACAGCAGGUGGGCAUUCCUAAUGAAAACCAAGCACUGAGCCAGAGAAUUGCCUUUUCACCAAAUCAAGAGUUACACUUGAUGCCCUCGCUGAUCAAACUGCUAGUGAGCAUUGAACCAGAUGUAAUCUACUCAGGACAUGACAACAGCAAACCUGAUACUUCUAGUUCUUUGCUGACUAGUCUUAAUCAACUAGGCGAGAGACAACUUCUUUCAGUAGUCAAGUGGUCCAAAGCACUGCCAGGUUUUAGAAACUUACAUAUUGAUGACCAGAUAACUCUCAUUCAAUAUUCUUGGAUGAGCUUAACAGUAUUUGGACUAGGGUGGAGAUCCUAUAAACAUGUCAGUGGGAAGAUGCUGUAUUUUGCACCCGAUCUAGUACUAAAUGAACAGCGGAUGAAGGAAUCCUCAUUCUAUUCGUUAUGCCUCACCAUGUGGCAGAUUCCACAGGAGUUUGUGAAGCUGCAAAUUAGCCAAGAAGAGUUCCUCUGUAUGAAAGUAUUGCUACUUCUUAAUACAAUUCCUUUGGAAGGACUAAGAAGUCAAAACCAGUUUGAAGAAAUGAGAUCAAGCUACAUUAGAGAGCUCAUCAAGGCAAUUGGUUUGAGGCAAAAAGGAGUUGUCGCUAGUUCACAGCGUUUCUACCAACUUACAAAGUUUCUUGAUAACUUGCAUGAUCUUGUCAAACAACUUCACCUGUACUGCUUGAAUACAUUCAUCCAGGCCCGGGCCCUGAGCGUUGAAUUUCCAGAAAUGAUGUCUGAAGUUAUUGCUGCACAAUUACCCAAAAUCUUGGCAGGGAUGGUGAAACACCUUCUCUUUCAUAAAAAGUGA